AUGUUGAAGAACAUUCCUACGGUAUUUGUGAAUGGAAAAUUUUCCAAGGACCCAGCAACUGUCACAGCCAACGAUUUUUUCUUUCCUAGACUCAAUGUUCCUAGAAACACAGCUGCAAGUCUCAAUUACACUCUAGGUAUAUCUUUGGCUCGUCUCGACUUUGCACCACAUGGCCUAAAUCCUCCUCACACUCACCCUCGUGGCACUGAGCUUUUGGUAGUCAUGGAGGGAACUCUCUUUGUUGGAUUUGUCACAUCAAACCCAAAAAAAAUCUUCACCAAAGUUCUAAGCAAGGGAGAAUUCUUUGUAUUCCCAAUUGGUCUCAUUCACUUCCAAUCCAACAUAGGGCAGACCAACGCUUUUGCCUUUGCUAGUCUCAGGAAUCAAAAUCUUACGUUGAUCACCAUAGCAAACACGGUCUUUGGAUCUAAUCCUCCAAUCAAUCCUGAUGUUCUUGCUAAGGCCUUCUAG